AAUUUAAUUUUAGAUUUCCAUGGUGUGAUUUUAUGAUGCCUAUAUUAGGAGGAAGCAUUUCAUGCAAAAUGUUUAACUUGCAUUGUAAGACCUUUUCAACUCCUUUCUUUAUGACCUGCCUCCCCCAUGGCAGUUGGUACUGUAAUAAUAAUAAUAUUCAUGAUGUUUUAAAUGUAAUCUCAUAGUAAUGAGUGCAAUUAAUUUCUCCAGUGUCGAAUGAGACUUAAAAUCAACCAGUGGCAGAUCCAGGAAUUCACAAUAGACGGGGCCCAGGGAGGUACAGUACUUUAACAUAUGGAGGAUCUAUACCACCUCAGUCCCACCAUGGUUGGGGCUGAGGUAAGAAACUUUGUGAUUAAGGCACCAUAUAAGACAGAAGACGGUUCCCCAAUUCAUUUAAAAUUAUGUUAUUUAUAUAGGAGUUCCCUUCUCGCUACACCCCCUCCUGCAAAUAUCUGGACCCGGCCAUUUUGCAAGUGUCUCUAAACAUGCUUGUUGUCACACAAAUGGCUGUUUUUUCAUAUGUUUAUGCUGUCGUUUUAUGGGAUCUUAGCAACAGUAUCCAAGGGUUACGGCUUGAAAAAUGAUAGUACUGUAUGUACUUGAAGAUUAUGUACAUAGUAAAUAAUAUAAAGUUCUAUUUUCUUAACUGCCAAAAUUCUGUAAUAUUGCAGGAAUUCCUACUUUCUAAUUGUAACUACACUAUACAACUGAAUAAUGAGACCCCUCUAGACAUUUUUUGUCAAUGUUUAUUUUUAAACCUGUAAGCUGGUAGUAAUGAGGGUAAUUCCCUUAUGAUUUGUUUACAACUUGUUUGGAGUAAUAAAUUUGGCAUUAUGAAUAUAGAGUAUUCGCCUUUAUAUAAUAGAAACCUAUUAGUAAUCACUGCAUUGCAUCCUUGGUAUUCAUAUAAGACAUGAUGUUAGUUCUAUCCGGAACCAGUGAAAAAUGGUGUACUGGUUGGGUUACAGCAAUUGUCAACUAGGCAGUUAAGUUAAGGAGUGUGGUAUUGAGGGCUUGGUGGAGGAGCUAUGCCAAAAGUUGCAAAAACUACAAGAUGAACAAAGCAAGCAAGAAAUUGGGAACGGGAAUGGAAAGAAAACACAAAUAAAGAAAAAAGAAAACCAAAAAAACAGUGCAAAAGAAGAAAACAAAGCAAUGAAGUAUUUUGAAGCAUUCCCUCCCUUGCACACAGCAACCCAUGACGGGGAACUAAAUGAAAGUUUUUACAAGAAAAAUAAGAAGAAAAAAUCCCCAACUUUUGCAGAAAAGUUAUCGAAAAAAGAUGAAAACUUAGUGAAAAGUAAAUCAGCUUCCGUGUCGCGUCAUAGUAAUUCACCUGUUCAGUCUAGUCUCCAAAGGCCCAAAAGUUUACCGAACGUUUCCACCAGAAUCAUAAACAGAGGUAGUUCUGAUUAUCCUAAAGACCAACAACAGAGCACUGUGAAACCAAGAAGGAAGCCAAGGAAUGAUAAAAAUAGCAGCAGAGAAUCGAAGACAAAUAAAACAAGUUCUCCAGUUAAGGCAGAGCGAAAACAACCCAAGAAAGUUGAGUUACUGAAGCAGGAUGUUGAUACACCUUAUGAAUCUGAUGCAGAGGAUGUCAGCUGGUACAUUGAUCCAGUCAUGAAUGUCUUCACUACAACAUCAGAGAAAAGUAAGUUUGAGACAGUCUAUCGCUCUGAGGGCACAAGUCCAGUGUUGGAUGGAUCCCCGGAUGAUAGCACCUUGGAGGAUGCUGUCAGCUCAAUUACGGAAAGUUUAUGCAAGGAGAUUAUAGAUGAGAUGGCUAUGUUAGACGACCUUCCUGUGGAUGGAAAACAGGAAUGUCCUGGCUUGGAAAAUUUUGGAGACGUUUUACUGAAUCCGGUUGGCAAGGCAAGGAAUUUUAAGUGCAAUACAUUACCAAGGAUUGGAUCUAAAGGUUUUGGUGAUGUUCCCAGGCCAUUGAGUUUUAUAAUGGAUGACAACCUGGGUUUCGUAAUACCAGGUAGUAGCAAUAUGGAUGAAGAAGAUGGAAGUGGUAAGGAUGACGACAGCUCACAAAUGAAAGAGCUGCUCGGAUCGAAGUCCCACUUAGCAGACAUAUGGAAGUCCGAAGAACCCAAGGUUACCAAUCCCUGGAAUACCGACAGCAACUGUGAGGCUUCAUUAGGGGAUGAAAAAAGUGUAACAUCUCUAAGAGUUUUCACUGGAGCUCAUGAAAAUGUCGAAGACGAUGCAAGAUCAAAUAGGUCAUUUGUAUCAGACUCAUUAUCCGAUAGCCUACUCCAGAUUUGUGAUCAUAAGCAUGAUCACGAACAUGUGAAAAUGUCAAUGGCACUAGUAGCAUGCAACCCUACACAUACACAGCAGCAUUGGUCUCAAGCUGAUUAUUCUACCAACUUCAUGCACUACUCAUCAGAAGAUGAAAACGGGGUGGCGUUUGUUACACAUCCCACGCAGGAUGCCUAUCAAGCUACUGGUGCCUUGAAGUGUGGUUAUCAACAUGUUCAACAGCCUGGUAGAGAUGUAAACAAUGCCCUGUGGUCCACGUACGAUAUGCAGGAGUCUUGCGUACCCCCGCCAAAAAUCGUGACAUGGGAUUGCAGCCAACAGGGUGUUGGACUGAGUAAGUUUAUGAAGAAAGCGAAAUUCAUCGAGGGCGGUGUUUAUGGCAGCCCUUAUUCUAGUCAUAAUAACAGCCAGUUGAAUAGUGUAUGCAGUAGCAGGACAGAAAGUCCAUACGAUGACAGUCUGCGUGACCUUUGGGAAACUUCGUUCAAUGAGGAAGUGCAGCUGGACUCUAAGCUCCUGCAUCACGCUGUUAUCACUCGUCAACACAUUUCUCAGCUGCAGAGGAAAUCAAGUAGUGUUAGUUCUAUUUCGUCAUCACGGCGAAACUCUGCUCUCGACUACAACAGUGACACAGGAGCAUUCUGUGAUGAUGCUGGCAUAGACAGCCCAGUGUUUGUUACUUCAAGAAGAAACUCAUCUCGGUUCGACUUUGCCCGAUCCGGUGGAUAUGUCGAAGAUGAUGGCAACUCGGAACUGCAUCCUGGUGAUAGUCACCAAGAACUAUUCGAUGAGGUUAUGAAGGAAACAGAAGAUAUUUUGGAACUUACACAAAGUUUAAAGACGGCUUGUACCGUCAACUCUGAGACAAACGAACAAGUAUCGUUUGAACAAGAUAUAAAGGAUGUUGAGGAGACUGAGUGUGACUUCAUUCCAUGGUGUCCUUCGACAACACAAAAGACAGAAAGCGCUAGUGAUUCAGAGAGCUUAUGUGGCAGUCUAACAACCAUUAAGCCUGCUAUUACAAAACCAGAACCAAUUAGGAAUUUGAAGAGCCAACCUAUUGGUUUUGGCAGUAGUUAUGAUAAACACAGAUCCACCAUGAGCCCUCAUGAACAGAGCCGCAGGGAAAUUGAAGAUCUGUUGAUUUCACCGAAAACACAUUUUCGUCCGAUCAGGGAGAGUUUCUCUUCUGAAGAUUCACCUGUGGCCAGAGAUGAGAACUUCAACAGUGAGCAAUAUAUUACUGCUGACAAAGGCAGCACACUUGUGCAAUCAUUUGAAGGAUUACAAUUCUCCACAUCAACACCUUCUAGGUCUACAUCAAAUAAACACAGGCUAUCAAUGGAUUGCACUAAACGAUACUUAGAAAAAAUUGGCAAAUGGGAUUUGUCGGAAGCAGGAUACCUCUCUGAUGGAAAUCAACCAAGAACUUUGUAUCCCAAAAAACAAAAUCGUUAUUUCCAAAAGGAGCAAGCAAAGGAAUUUGAUAAUAUCUCCGCAUCAUUUCCGACGCACUUUCUGCAACAAACGCCUCCUUAUUUAACUGGUGCAGAAUACAUGAGUGAAGUCUUUGAUAUUCAGAAGGAAGAUCAAAAAGAUCUUCCUUGUCUGUGUGGUAAAGCAUCCACUGAAGGUCCAGUUAAUGUUGUGGAUAUUGGGCAACCAUGCCCAAGACAUGCUAGGUGGUUCCAGACAUGUGCAGGAGGUGGAGAGGACAGUGACAGUGCAACAUAUGGGUUUAGCACUGGAGGUGAAUAUGAUCCAACUGUGAACAUGGACUACGAUCAACAGAUAUUUCCUUAUGAAGAUGAUGUUUUUGUACGCCACAUGGAAGAAAAUAAGAUGCCUAAGAAAGUGGUCUUCUCAUGUGAUUUAGAAGAGAAGUGGCUGCAAGAAAGUGAGCAAGCAACAAAUGGGCAUGGAUACAAGAAGAAACCAAAAACAAAGAACAGGCUCCAGCCUAAGCCUUGUAGCUUUUUCUUGGAGGGAAAGUGCCGGAAACUUGAUUGCCGUUUUUCUCAUGAUCUGAGCACCAUUACGUGUCGCUUCUGGGAGGAGUCCACCUGCUUUAAAGGGGAUGACUGCCCAUUCCUUCAUGAUUAUCCAAGUGAGCAGGCCUGUAACGUUAGUGGAGAGGCUGAAAAAUUUGUUCCAGCCCCAAAAAGUCAUCCAGUGAAAGAAACCCAGACACAUCCUAUUCCAACAUUAAAGAAUGAAUCAUCACUUAUCAAGAAAGGUAUCUUUGCAUGGAGGAAGAAACCAAAGUUAAUAAGGAGCAGCAGCCAUGGAAACAGUAGUGCAAGGCAAUCAAGGACAUCUUCAUCAUCAUCAGCCUCAUCAUCCUCCAAAAUGGCAACCUCAUCUAGUCAACCUAUACCUGUUGUCAAGGCAACAGAGAGAAGUAAUUUUAAGUCUUUACCAAUUAAUAUUAAGGCCAAACCUAGGUAACAAAGGCUUAAAUUAGGUGAAAUAUUUUAUAAUUUUUUUUUUAUAAUAAAUAUAUAAAUAUAUACAUAUGAAACUUUAAUUUAUUUAUUAUUGAUUUAAGGGUAUAGAUUGAUUGCAGGGAUUGGUGAGUGUAAAAGAUGUGUAUCUUGGAUGAAUGAAUAUGUCAUAUGCCUCUUUCAUAAUUGAAAAAGUUAUAUUGAUGUUUUACAACUGGAUAUUAGAAUCAAAUAUCCCUUUGUUACAAUCUAAUUUUCAAAGUUUCUAUGUACAAUUUUUUUUUUCUAACCCCAGAUGCCUAUGUAGGACGAUUUAAAACAUUCAUUUUUUUAAUUUUGUAUAAAUUUUUUUUUUAAUAGUAAGUCAUUGAAAGAUAUAAAUUUUUUUUACUAGUAAGUCAUUGAAAGAUAUCACAUAAGUCAAUUCCAGAGUUUUGGAAUAAGUGAUGUAGUUAUUAGAGCUAAUGGAACUCGUAAAUUCAAUUUCCAUUAAUUCAUUGAUAAAUGAAAUAAAUAAGACUUAACUACUAGCUCUUUUCCUAACACAAAUCAAAGAGAAUCAAAGUCUAGUAGAAUAAGCUUAUAAUAUAUAUCAGCUCUUGUGCUUCAAUGCUGCCGUUUUGUGUCCGAGUGAUCUUAAAAAAGCAUCCUUAAAUUUCAACUAUUUGAAAUAAUAAUGAGAGUAAUGGUCCUCGUUGGAAUAAUCAGCAGCUGCUCUCCUUCGCUGCACUUUAAAAACAAAAAAAAAAUCUAAUAAAUAAUAAAUUGUUUAUGAUCUGUGCAGUUGAUAGAUUGAUGUCAUUGUAACAUGGUUCAUGAAAUUUAAAUGUUUUAAUGCUCAUCUUCACAUUAAUCUAUUCAGAAUAUUAUUUUUUCUUCUUUAUUUCAAUAAUAAGAUGCAAAAAUAGAACAUAGGUCACUUUGAUAUCUAUGUUGUAAUCUCCAUCUUAAAAGGUUCUUAAAAGCUGAAAGGUCAACAUUGGUCGAGUGUUAGCAUGAUCAUGCUUUCUCAGAAAAACACUUAGUGUUUCUAUAUUCUUUAUUUAAAUUCUAGUUACUGUACUGUCUAGCCAUAACUAUCUAUAUCUGUGCCAAACCACCAUGGUACUAUUUUUUCUAUCCCCUUUGGCAAGCAAAAGAUAUGCCAAUCUAUGUCAUGUCGUACACUUUUGUAGUAUGUACUUUUUAGUAUCGACCUGAUUUGUGUUUACAUGAAUAUUGGUGAUUAAAUUGUUGACUAGCAAGAAUCAUCUGGUCUUUUGUUAGGCUAGGUAGGUAUAACAACAUGGAUGCGAAAAGUAGCCUAGGGUUGUAUAGAAGGACCAUGAGUGCAUACUGAUGAACCUAUAUGAGCAGCGAUUCGCCAUUAGCAAACCAAUCAAAUAUAUGCAUAUGCUGAUAUGUGGUCAAAGGUCAUCUACUUAGCAGAUUACCAGAUAUAUACACAGUAUGUAUGCAUUAUGACAUCUGUUAUUUUGCAUUUGAAUUUGUCCGGUUUGUUGACACAGUGACAGGUCCCAAUGUACUGUAGGAACUUUGGAAUAUUAUACACAAGUAGUGGAUUCUAUACAAAUCUAUAGCAACUAAUAGUGCCAUUGUUAUACAUGUACAAUAAAUGCAUAGUAAUUGAGUCACUCAGCGCCACCAAACAUUACUUCAUGUGAUGGAAUUUGGCGCUAUGUGAGUUAAUUCAAUUGAUUGAUUGAGUAUGGGUGUGUAUCGUGGGAGAAGACAUCUAGAUAGGGGUAUGUUUGUAGGGGUGGGGUAUGUACAGUAUGUAUGUGGGAAGUAUGUAUAUAUUUGAGGUAUGUCUGUAGGUAAAGGGGAGUAUGUGGGGUGUACAGUAUUUGCGAGUGUGUUCAUACUUACCGUAGAUGCUAGAUCCGCAUCUCUUAAGAUUUAUCUAAUUAAUAAACCCACCAUUGGGAAUCGGCAUUGAAUAUCAAACCUAAUGCAUUAUAGUCUUUGGGUAUUGAAACCAAUAUGCUUUUACAUGCAUAAUAGUUACAAUGUACUCAGAUUCUAAGUACACCUUCAUUUUUUUUUUUUCCUUUAGUAAGUGCAAUAUAAUGGACUACUGUAUAUGAUUAAUUUCACUAACACGUUAUUAAUGUUUACAAUAUAAAAAAUGUACCUAUAAAGAUGGUAUUUGUCUUUCUAGUCUUCUGAAAGUAUACAAUACAUUACAGUAACUAAUAAUCCAUGAAAGUCUGCCAUUGCAGCUUCAAUCCCACCCACUUUUAAAAUCCAAUAGGAAUAUUAAAAGCUGUUAUAAUCUAAGCAAUGGAAGUAGUGAUUACUAUUAGGCCUACCUAUACUUACAUUUUAUUCUAUAGUCCAUUAGAUUAUUGUUUUUCUUUCUAUUGUUAUUGUUUUAUUAUUUAUUAUUGUUAUUAUUAUAGAUAUUAUUAUUAUUAUUAUUAUUAUUAUUAUUAUUAU